AUGAGAAUGUCUACGCCUAUGGACACGUCCGAACCGAACGAGGACUCUGCCUGGAUACUCUUCAACGACUUGAAAAUAAGGGCCCAGUGGAUCUCGGCGUGUUCAACUGUCAAGAAGGCGGUAGCUCUGGCUGAGAUGUUCUCAUUGUCGAAACAGCACGAACUUCGGAGAGAGGCGACCUGUGUGGAUAUCGGGAAGAGCAUCAGCUCUGGUGUAUACAAUGCGCAACUAGUUGAUUGCUCAGAAAUGAACAUCGUCGGAUUCGAACACACUGAGGUUUAG